AUGGGUAUUGCGGGGGAGUUGGCCACGAAACCGAGAAAGCUUACCAAUAGCUCGGAUUGGAAAGCGGCUGAGUACAAGCAGUUCACCCUUUCAUAUUGCCUGGUGUUGUUCGACGGAUACCUUGAGCAAGAGUACAUGAAUGGACUUCAAAAAUUCGUAGAGGUCGUAGAAAUCAGCUCUGCGCCCACAAUCCUCCGUUCCGACAUCGGCCGUCUUCGUCGAAGCGCAAUUGAUUUUGUGGAUCACUAUGAAACGCACUGGUUCCGCUUCCGCCCAGAGCGAGUGAGUUUUUGCAAGUCAAUUAUUCACGCAAUACUCCAUCUCGCAGAUUGCACCGAGCGCUUCGGGCCGCUUUGCAGAGUGUCCCAGUAUUGGCUAGAGCGUGAAAUCGGAUGGCACAUGAGCAAGCUGAACGCACGAACCCGCCCGGCGGAGUCCAUGUUUCGGUCUGUUUGCUUCCCGAAGCGCAUAAAAUUUUAUUCAACAGACUAA